AUGGCCGACGUGAAGCAGCAACUUGCUGCUCUUGCCAGUGCUGGUGGACCUCACAAAGACGUUGCUGACAAAUAUCGUAAAAUAUUAGAAGACAUUUUAACGACUGACAAGAAGUUGAUUGAUGGACUGAAAGCAUUUGUUGAAGCAAUGGUGAAUGAGAAUGUCAGCUUGGUUAUUUCCAGGCAGAUUCUAACAGACUUCUGUAACUACAUGGCAAAGUUAGCAGAUCCAAUCUCUAAAGAGGUCUCUCAUUUUACAUUGGAAAAAGUACAACCCAGAGUAAUAUCAUUUGAAGAACAGGUAGCCUCAGUGAGACAACAUCUUGCCGAAAUCUAUGAAAGAGAGCAGAGAUGGAGAGAGGCAGCUAAUGUUCUUGUGGGGAUACCAUUAGAAACAGGACAGAAACAAUAUUCCGUUGACUAUAAAUUGGAAACAUAUUUAAAGAUAGCCAGACUAUACUUAGAAAAUGAAGAUCCAGUACAAGCUGAAGCUUACAUCAAUAGAGCUUCAUUGCUACAAGCAGAUUCUACAAAUGAACAGUUACAUAUACAUUACAAGGUAAGGUUAUACCAGAAGGAUAACUCCUUACAUCAAUAGAGCUUCAUUGCUACAAGCAGAUUCUACAAAUGAACAGUUACAUAUACAUUACAAGAUGUACCCUUGUAAAUUCAUGUGUCUUUCUAUUCUGUCUCAGGUCAACAGAGGUCACGUAUGUUAGCAACGCUAUUCAAAGAUGAGCGAUGUCAACAGUUAUCGGCGUAUGGUAUUCUAGAAAAUAUGUACUUAGAUCGGAUUAUCCGUAGAUAUCAGUUGAAGGAGUUUGCAGCAAUGUUGCAACAACAUCAACUAGCGACCACAGCGGAUGGUUCAACUAUUUUAGACAGAGCUGUGAUAGAACAUAAUUUACUAUCAGCAAGUAAAUUGUACAAUAAUAUCACUUUUGAAGAGCUUGGAUCAUUGCUGGAAAUCCCUCCAGCUAAGGCAGAAAAGAUAGCAUCUCAAAUGAUCUCAGAAGGUAGAAUGAAUGGCUAUAUCGAUCAGAUAGACAGUAUUGUACAUUUUGAAGCUCGUGACAUAUUACCAUCAUGGGACAAACAAAUCCAGAGUCUUUGUUUCCAAGUCAAUAAUAUAUUGGAAAAAAUAACACAAGUUGCACCAGAUUGGGUAGCCCAGGCGAUGGAUAACCAAAUGGCACAAUAACAAUUUUACUCAAAAACAGUUCUUGUCUUUUUUGUCUUGCAAUUUUACCAGAUAAACAGGAAAGUUGAGUUACAUAUACACAUGGUGAAGUGCUCUGUGUACACUCUGGAUGUCAUUGCUGAGAUGUUGACUCCAUAUACUUCUAUUAUUGUUUAUGUGCUUACUUAUUUUGCACAAAUCAUGAACACAAAUUAUGAAAUGGUAUGUUGAGCCAGGAAUACAAUCAAGGUGUUCUCUGGUUGGCUAUUUGUUGAGGUGUUAAAUAUUUGAGAAGUCCCUUUUAUACUUGUAUUUGCUCUCAAUAUUGACAUAUGCUUUAUUCACUCAUCAAACCUGUAUAAAUAUGUAUUUUUAAAGAUGACAGGAUAUUCUCUAUUGCCUGUGUUGUGUGCACUUUGGACUUCAGUUUUCCAUUGAAAAUUUACAUCCAAAAAUAGUGAUAUACCGAUAGGCCUUUAAAAGUUUCACUGUAUUUCUAGUUUGUAUAGUUACAAUUUAUAAAAAGCCAUUUGAUUAUAUGACGCCUACAUCUGAAUGAAAUAUCAGUGAAAGUUAAGAAUUGUGCCGAUGAGAAAUCUAGCAAUUUUCACUCCCUUAAAAUCUGUUCUUUGUUUCACACACUUCAUUGCAGUAGUAAGACACUAGAGAUUCAUGCAUGUUAUGCUGCUUCCAAGCAAAAAAAGAGGUGUAUUACUUAUUGUGCAAAACGGAAUGUGUCAUCCCAGAAAGUUUAAAAGUCACAUGACUACCAACUGGCUUGGGUUUAGUUAAUUCCCUCUUUUAUAUACAGGAAUGCAGUGAUCUAACCAGAGCACAAGACUGGCAUUCAUCAUGCAUUUUUGUAAUGCAUCUCGUACCUAUAAAACAUGAUGGUCAAAUUAAUGUCUGAAGUAAUCAUACUUGUGUGAAGUGUUUUUGAGAUGAUUAAUAGUUGCUAGGUCUUAUUGCACAUUUGUGUCGGGACUUGUAGUUCAACAAAAUUCUCAUGCAAAUAUUAAAAGUUGUUUGUUUGAAGCUUUUCGAAUGUAAUAUGCAUAAAAUAAUAAAUGCAACAUUUGCUGUAUUGGCAAGAUAUCUGCAUUAUGAUUUA